CCCUAUAUAUGAAGGGUAUUUUCCGAUUUGUUUUUGAUAGACGCUUCCAAGUCAUAUAAUUGGUCGUGGUCUUCGGUUAUGGGAGGAGGUUAACGAAAUUAAGAACAAAAACCUACCCUUUAAAGUUCUCAAAGUCUAUAUUAUUCCCAAUAUAAUCUUUUUAGCAUGUAUAAAUUUUCUUCAUCCACCAACAGAAAUUUCGCGGUCAUUUGCAUCUGAACGUCAGCGUCAAAUUGGUUUGAGUGAUUCUGAUGAUAUGAAGGAAUCUGAGCAAUAUAAUGAUAAUCUAUCGCAGACAUCACGUUCAAAGAUUUCGAAUAAAAUGAAUGAUUUAGCUGAAAUGACAUAUUUUAUGAAUAAGAAAUAA